AUGGAGGGGAUUCGAGCACUUGAUAUCCCCACGUCUCAGGACCCUGAAGCUACCAAGAGGAACGCCAUCGACGUUGGGGAGAAGGGAGGGGGUCAAGAGAUCCGUAAAGCCGAGCAGUCGGCGGUUGGCGCGGCGUCCGGAAUUCCCGGUAGUCUCCGGGGCGCCCUCGACAACCACGGGUCGUCGUCGCCUGGGCUCGCCUGCGCCAUGCAGCACUCGUCUUCAGCAGAGAAAGCGAAGGAACGACACGCCGAGCAGGACGCGGAGACACAGCGAAUGGCGGCGCGUCUUGAUAUUUUCGUUUUGGCUUAA